AUCACAGUCUUGUCUCGAGAAAAAGGCGGGGCCAAAGGCAGCCGACUCUUCCCUUGUUCCCGCCCCUCUAGGCAAAGUAACCAAUCUAAAUUUGCCUAGAGGAAGGAAACGCAAUCAGGAAUAACCAAUCACUCCGCGAAGCUUCUCGUGCGCGUUAGACCCCGCCCCUCCAGCUGCGACAAAAAUGGCGCACAAGCUCCUGGGUUCUGUAGUUCUCUCGGAAUUCAAAGGGUCCCAUUUUAGAGUUACCCUUUACCGCCCCGCCCCCAGCCGCUUCCAUUCCCCUAGUGCGCAUGUCCACAGCUUCAUAGUAGACGGGGAAAGGAGGAACGGAAGGAAGGAGGCGGGACGAUAUUAAAAAUAAAAAAAACAACCCUCAGCUCAGGAAGCGACAGAGGAGGGGACUGCUCCUCCCAGAAGGCGGUGUAGCUUGCCAGGGCGAACCACGCGGAGGGUUGUGGGGCGGAUAGCUCCGCUCCUAAUGGAGAUGCAUGAUGUAGGGUGGGCGGGGGACUCAAUAUCCCAGCAUGCUCCGCGGCGGGCCCUACCGGCCGCGACUCCGGGCUUGGCCCCGGCCCUAGCUCGUUGGCGGUGUACUGGGGCGCGUGUAGGCUGCAGUCACGGUGGCGCCCGCGGGGACGGAGGAGGGAAUGAGUGAAGAGGAGCAGGGCUCCGGCAUUACCACGGGCUGCGGGCUGCCCAGUAUAGAGCAAAUGCUGGCCGCCAACCCGGGCAAGACCCCGAUCAGCCUUCUGCAGGAGUAUGGGACCAGAAUAGGGAAGACGCCCGUGUACGACCUUCUCAAAGCCGAGGGCCAAGCCCACCAGCCUAAUUUCACCUUCCGGGUCACCGUUGGCAACACCAGCUGCACUGGUCAGGGCCCCAGCAAGAAGGCAGCCAAGCACAAGGCAGCUGAGGUGGCCCUCAAGCACCUCAAAGGGGGGAGCAUGCUGGAGCCGGCCCUGGAGGACAGCAGUUCUUUUUCUCCCUUAGACUCUUCACUGCCUGAGGACGUUCCAGUUUUUACUGCUGCAGUGGCUGCUACUCCUGUUCUGUCUGCUGUCCCAACCAGGAGCUCCCCCAUGGAGGUACAGCCCCCUGUCUCCCCUCAGCAGUCUGAGUGCAACCCCGUUGGUGCUCUGCAGGAGCUGGUGGUGCAGAAAGGCUGGCGGUUACCUGAGUACACAGUGACCCAGGAGUCCGGGCCAGCCCACCGCAAAGAGUUUACCAUGACCUGCCGAGUGGAACGUUUCAUUGAGAUUGGCAGUGGCACUUCCAAAAAGCUGGCAAAGCGUAAUGCAGCGGCCAAAAUGCUGCUCCGAGUGCAUACAGUGCCUCUGGAUGCCCGGGAUGGGAAUGAAGUGGAGCCUGAUGAUGAUCACUUCUCCACUGGUGUGGGCUCCCGCUUGGAUGGACUUCGGAACCGGGGCCCAGGCUGCACCUGGGAUUCUCUAAGAAAUUCCGUGGGAGAGAAGAUCCUGUCCCUUCGCAGCUGCUCCCUGGGCUCCCUUGGUGCCCUGGGCCCUGCUUGCUGCAGUGUCCUCAGUGAGCUCUCCGAGGAGCAGGCCUUCCAUGUCAGCUACCUGGAUAUUGAGGAGUUAAGCCUGAGCGGGCUGUGCCAGUGCCUGGUAGAACUGUCCACACAGCCAGCCACUGUGUGUCAUGGCUCUGCAACCACCCGGGAGGCUGCCCGCGGCGAGGCUGCUCGCCGUGCCCUGCAGUACCUUAAGAUCAUGGCGGGCAGCAAGUGAAGCCCCAGCUGGACUCACGGGCAUGCAUCCUUUGCCCCUGCUCUUCCUGCCCGCUGGCCAAUGUAUCUGUAUCCAGCUCUGGUGCCCCCUGGAGGUGCCGUCUCUACCUCUGACACAGACUGCCUGCCUUGAGGUUCAGGAGAGCGCAGGGCAAGGAGCCAGGGACCAUAAGGCCACAGCCUGCCGGGAUCUGUCCUCAUUGUGAUGGUGAUAACAAGUGGAAAGGAAAUCGGGGGCUCUUCCUUGGAGCCCAGAAUAAACAUGCUGCUCCAUGGGUUCUUAAA